UGCACUUAUCUUAUCAUCAUACACCUUUUUCAAUCAUCUCUUCGAAACCUUCUGCAAAAUUAUCACAUAAAAAGAAAAAUAGAGUGAGAAUGUGGCGGAAUCAUGCUGCCAUGAUUUUGGGAAGAAUUAUCUCCAAUUCUUCAUUCAAUUCAUCCACUCUCCCUGUCAAACCCAGAUUCAAUUUUGAUAAUCUCAGCCACCAAAUUAAAUACUUCUCCGCCUAUCCCAGAUUCGAUUUUGGAUCUAUACGUGAGCCCAAUGAUGCCGUCGCUCUAUUUCGGGAGAUGGUGAGGACUCAACCACGCCCAUAUGUUACUGUUUUCAAUAAAUUGUUGAGUGUUGUGGUGAAGAUGAAACAAUACUCUCUUGCCCUUCAUCUGUUCGACGAAAUGCUUAAGAGAAAUGCUCCUGUAAAUCACUACACGUUGAAUAUUGCGAUUGAUGGCUGUUGCCGACUGAAAAGACCUGAUUUUGGGUUGGCGAUCUUAGGCCUUUUUUUCAAACACGGGUACGAGCCUGAUGUUGUAACCUUUACAAUUCUCAUCAAAGGCCUUCUCCUGGUUGGAAGGAUCUCAGAGGCAGCUAAAGUGUUGGGGAAGCUGUCGGCCUACCAUUUAUGUGAGCCAAAUGAAUAUACGUAUAAUACUAUAAUUAAUGGAUUAUGCAAAGCUGGGGAUAUUCUCCAAGCGUUUGAGUUGCUCUGCUCAUUGGAAAACGGAAAAGGCAGCUGCAAACCCGAUGUCUAUACUUACAGCAUAGUCAUUGAUGGUCUAUGCAAGGAAGGAAAGGUGGACGAAGCUCUCCAACUCUUCUCCACUUUGGGUGAUAAGGGGAUUUCACCCGAUAUUGUGACAUAUAAUUCAAUAAUCGAGGGGUUGUGCAAUCAUCGUAGAGAGGAUGAGGCUGAAAACAUUUUUAAGAAGAUGAUUGUCUUCCCAGAUGUGGUGACCUGUAAUAUCUUUGUGGAUGCUUGGUGCAAAGAUGGAAAUGUGGAAGAGGCCGAGCAUAUGUUGGUAUCCAUGAAGGAGAUUGAUGUUCACCCCAACAUUGUCACAUACAAUGCAUUGAUUAAUGGGUAUUGCUUGCAAGGGAAUAUGGAUGAAGCCGGGCGCAUUUUCCAAUUGGCAGUGAACUCUGGAAUCAAGCCCGAUAUCAUCAGCUACAAUAGCUUGAUGAACGGCUAUUGCAAAAUGGGGCGAGUCGAUGAAGUUUCACGUCUUUUUGCCAUAAUUCCUAGCAAAAGGUUAGAGCGCAAUGUGGUUUCUUAUAACAUAAUGCUACAUGCCUUAUUUUGUGAAGGCAAGUGUGAAGACAGCUUGAAGCUAUUCAAAGAGAUGGAAGCUCUACAAGUAUCUCCGAAUAUCAAGACUUACAAUAUCUUGUUGGAUGGUUUGUGUGGAGCUCAUCGUAUUGCUGAAGCAUUUUCAAUGUUGCAUACCAUGGAAGAUAAAGGCUUCAUUCCAGACAUAGUAGCAUACAAUGCUCUCAUUGAGGGAUUGUGCAACGACAAUAGAGUCGUAGAAGCAAAGGAUUUGUUUGACGAACUUCCAUCCAAAGGUUUGCAGCCUGACAUCAUAACAUAUAAUAUUCUCAUUGAGGGAUUAUGCAAUGGCAACAAAGUCGCAGAAGCAAAGGAUUUGUUUGACGAGCUUCCAUCUAAAGAUUUGCAGCCUGACGUCAUAACAUAUAAUAUUCUCAUUGAGGGAUUGUGCAAAGACAACAAAGUCGGAGAAGCAAAGGACUUGUUUGACGAGCUUCCAUCCAAAGGUUUGCAGCCUGACAUCAUAACAUAUAAUAUUCUCAUUGGUGCACUUUGCAAAGAAGGGCAUAUAGCGGAGGCUAAAGAUCUGUUCCAUGAGCUUCCAUCCAAAGGUUUGCAGCCCGACGUUAUAACGUAUACAAUCCUUAUCGGUGCACUUUGCGAAGAAGCACAGAUCGAGGAGGCUAAGGAUCUGUUCCAUGAGCUUCCAUCCAAAGGUUUGCAACCUGACAUCAUAACUUAUACAGUCCUUAUCGGUGCACUCUGUAAGGAAGGACGAAUAGAUGAGGCUAAGGAUUUGAUGACGCAAAUGGUAAACAAUGGUUGCUUGCCUAAUAGUGUGACAUACAAUGUUUUUGUUCAAGGUCUUCUCAAAAGGAACCAGACACUUGAUGCAAUGCCACUCAUGGAAGAGAUGGAUGCAAGGGGAUUCACACUCGACAAAACUACAUAUUCGAUGUUGAUUGAAUCUGUGAAAAGGGAAGAUAGAGAUAGUGUUCUAUUAGAUAAGGUUAAGUGAUACACUCAGCCCAAGCUCUAGUUUAUAGAUAGGUGUUAAGUUGUGUUUGAAGGUUAAGAAUUAUUUAAAUUGAGAUUAAGGGGAACGUACAGUUGCUUAUUUGUUUAUUUAAUCUCUGUGUUAUGAUGAUUAAAA